AUGUCUCCACCUGCCCACCUUCCCACCUGCCCACCUUCCCACCUGCCCACCUUCCCACCUGCCCACCUUCCCAUUUGCCCACCUUCCCACCUGCCCACCUUCCCACCUGCCCACCUUCCCAUUUGCCCACCUUCCCACCUACCCACCUUCCCAUUUGCCCACCUUCCCAUUUGCCCACCUUCCCACCUGCCCACCUUCCCACCUGCCCACCUUCCCAUUUGCCCACCUUCCCACCUACCCACCUUCCCAUUUGCCCACCUUCCCACCUGCCCACCUUCCCAUUUGCCCACCUUCCCACCUGCCCACCUUCCCAUUUGCCCACCUGCCUCCUCCGUCCACCUGCAGGCUCCUGAGCAGCAACGCCUUCUGGGGGGCCCUCCCUCAGUGCCUGCCCUUCCUCUCCUCCGUCCAACUCAUGUCCGUUCUCCUAUUCAGCCUUCGCCUUUCAACCUUUGCCCUUUGCCCUUUCAACCUUCGCCUUUCAACCUUCGCCCUUCGCCCUUUCAACCUUUGCCCUUUGCCCUUUCAACCUUCGCCUUUCAACCUUCGCCCUUCGCCCUUUCAACCUUUGCCCUUUGCCCUUUCAACCUUCGCCUUUCAACCUUCGCCCUUCGCCCUUUCAACCUUUGCCCUUUGCCCUUUCAACCUUCACCCUUCAACCUUCACCCUUCAACCUUCGCCCUUCGCCCUUUCAACCUUCGCCCUUCGCCCUUCAGUUUUGCCUCCUUCGCUCAGCACCAUGACGUUGUUCUCGUUCCUCUUUCUCCCCGCUGCUCCUCUGACGUCAGCAACAAUCUGAUCUUCAUGGAUGCCGCAACCUUCCAAAACAUGCCGCCAAUCAGCCUGGAUCUCAGCGGCAACUACCUCUACGGCUCCCUCUCCCCCUCCCCCAACAUCACCCUCUCCUCCUCCUCCUCCUCCUCCUCCUCCUCCUCCUCCUCCUCCUCCUCCUCGCCACCCAUCCCCUCUCUCGUCCUCCCUGCGACCCCCCAACCCCAGUCCCUUCCCCCCUGGGCAGUCCAGGAUGCAACGAAAUCUGAGUGGGCGUGGGUAUGGCAGGGGGGGCAGCAGGGGGCAACUGGAGCAGGAGGGGCGAGCGGGGGGAAUAGCAGCAGCGCAGCGGCGUGGCUGGCUGUGGAGGGCAACUGUGUGGGGAGUGAGGUUGUGGGGCAGCAGCGGGGGGCAACAGAGUGUGCGGCGGUGUGUGGGAUAGAGCCAGGGCAGGGCCCCUGUGGGGGUGCGGGUGCGGGGCAGUGUGUGGUGCAGAGCGGUUGGCCGCCGUCCCUCUCGUGCUCCUGUGCCAGUGGCUACGUUGCUGUCACUGCUGUCGGCACUGCCAAUACCACCACUUGCCAGCUGCCGCCCCCUUCCGUGGCCUCUCUGUCCACGGGUGCCAUAGUGGGCAUCGUUCUGGGCUGCUUUGCUGGCUUCACGCUGCUGGCUGCUAUGCUCGCAUGGUUGCUGUGGCCCCGCGGACCAACCAUGGCCUCUCUCCACCACGUGCAUCUGGUGCGCCUGCUGGGCUUCUGCCUGGACCAGAACGUGGAGACGGGCAGGCAGGAGCAGAUUCUCGUGUACGAGUUCAUAGACAACAGGGACCUCCAGUACCACAUCCAUGCCACCAAGCGUGAGUAG